AUGUCGCUCACAUUUUCAAUCGAAUUAGAAUCAUCAAAACUAAUUGAUUAUAAUUUACUUGAAAAGUUCACAGAAGUAAAAUUUUGUUCCUUAACUUGGCAUAUUGAUCCUAAUCGAAAGUAUUAUUUUACAAAAAAUACAGAUUUUCCAGUAUUAAAUUUAUCCGAGUUUUUAAUUAAAAGAAAUAAAUGUGUUUUGUUGCAUAUUCCGUGUCGAACUUUAUCUAAAUAUGAAGCACUUACAAUAUUAGAUCGUGCUAAGAUUAUCGGUGUUAAGUAUAUUUUAGCAGUUCGUGGGGAUUCGAAGAAUAUUAAAGAAUGCAAUCCAUUUUUCCCAAGUACUAUUGAAUUUGUAAGAUUUAUUAAAAUGUAUUAUGGAAAUUAUUUCUCGAUUGGAGUCGCUGGUUAUCCACGGGGACAUCCUUUAUCACAGAAUUUGGAUAGUGAUUUAGAAUUUUUAAAAUCAAAAGUAUUGGCUGGAGCUAAUUUUAUCUUAUCACAAUUUGAAUUUGAUUUUCGAAGAGUUGAAAUGUUUUUACAUCGUUGUCAGUUACUAAACAUAAAUGUACCAGUGAUUGUUGGAAUUUAUGUUGUAACUCCAACAACAGACCGAAUGGCUAGCAAAUGUGGUGUAGUAUUACCAAAUAAUAUAUCAAAAGUUUUAAAUCAAAUUAAAUAUAAUCCUUGUGCUGUUGAAAAUUUCGCUUUAUGUCAAGUACUUUGGUUUUUGAAAAAGAUCUUGUUAACUAAACAAGAACAAUUAAAAGGUGUUCAUGUAUUUUCAAUGAACAAGUUAUUUAAUGUAUAUCGUAUUUAUAAACAUUUAAACUUUUGAAGUAUGUGAUCAUUACUUGUUUUAUUAGUUUUUAUUCUAAUAGACUACAAGCCCAUACAAAAUUUUUUCGCGUGAAAUGACCCUCCAGGAAGCAUGUUGAAAGGUCGCCCUAAUUCAUAAUCAGUGACGGAUAUAUGAAACUGGCUCAGUGGCCGUGCGAGUUAAAACACAAUCCGCUUUAUUCGUUUGGCUACUUAUUUAAAGAUUACGGGAUCGAAUCCAGGCAGCCGCAGUCCGAUCAAUUGGGUGUGUUCCGUAAUAUUCACUGACCAUACUGGCCAGUACUGACAACAUCAUAAACCGACGCCAUACUGGUGAAUCGUUCCGAAAUAUACUGGCCAGUGCGUAUAUAUAUAUAUUCUUAUUGUAUUCGUCAAUUACGAGUAAGUGUUUUUCAGACGCCAUUAUUUCUUCUUAAUGAACAAUAAAUAAAUGAAUUUCUUGUACAAACACCCGGUGACCACAUUGGCACUGUCAUGCCCGUGUUACCAGUACAAUAUGGCGCCGAUUUCUGACGCACGCCAUGAGCACUGGCCAGUAUACUGGCGAAUAUUAUGGAACACAUCCAUUAUAAUUAUAUGUAAUGGGGCAAUAAAUUGAUCACACUGUCAUCGCUUGGACAAGAACCAAAAAACCGACUCCACCUACAUCAUAAAGUUAUUUGUAUAUAUGGAUACAUAAUAAUUGUUUGUAAUUGCAAGUAAUAAUUGUUUGAUUAUGUCCGUUAAAACAAUAUGGUACU